AUGGAAUCCCGAAGUGACACAAAUGAAGCUGAAACCCUCCCAAAAAGUCUUUUAAAAUAUGAACAACUACUCGAUGCUUCGUUAGCUCCAGGACGUCCCGUGGAGGAGUUAUCGGAAUGUCUCUCUGAACUUCUCGAGCUGUCGGUUACUACGGACACUGUGAAUUGCGUUCAUGUCGCUUUGUUAUUGAAGCGUCAGCUUAAAAACGAAAAGUCGUCGGAAAAGUUAAUAAGCUCUUUUGUUGAUGCGUUAUGGCUUUAUGACAUCGAAGUCCUCCCGGGUGUGCGAGACGAAGCUGAAAAAGAAGGAGUAUCUCAAAGGCUAGUACAGUUGGUGAAAGAAGUUCUACAGUCUCUUCCAAAAGAACUACUAUUCACACGGCUUGACUGCAGCUUUCUGGAAAGACUUGGAGUUACUCAAAAUGGUGAGCUUCUUAACCGAAAAAUUGCUCGUGCCAAUACCUCUCUCCUGUAUAGGCAGCACAAGUUUAACCUUUUAAGAGAAGAAAACGAAGGCUUUUCGAAGCUCAUUGUUGAGCUUGAUAAUGCGUUGCAUUAUGCACGAGAUAAAAGCGUUGACCAACAUACCCUAGCGGAAGUUCUUGUGAAGGAUAUUCAAGUUCUUGUUGGCACUUUCAACCUUGACGGAAGUAAAGUCUUGGACAUUGUCUUGUCUUUCUUUGCCGAAAAUAUUGUUCACCAACAUGACUUCCUUAUAGACUUCCUAAACGCGUCUCGGUGGAAAGCGGUCAAACCUCCUUUAAUGUUUUCACAACUUUCUGUGGAGCAACGUCAAAAACUACUGUCUGAAUUGCUCGUUUCUCGUUGUUCGUGGGGAAUCGACUCUUCUUUUUUAAAAAUAUCAUCCCAAAUAUCUCAGUUACUUGGCCACAAUCUUGCUUACUUUUAUGAACAUCUGGAGGAUACUCCAUUUUCUUAUAAUGUCCUUAUUGCUUUGUUAAUUAAGAAUGGCUUUUUUGGUGUCGAUAACAUAUGGCCUUACUUAUCCCCAAGUGACGAAGAGGUUUCUACGGCUUGGGCCAAGCAUAAAGACUCUAUUGAAGACGAAAUCUACAAUGCUAAGGGAAAUCCAUUGUCCAUGGCUGCGCCGUUACCAGACGAGGAGGUGGAAGACGGAGAGGCCCUUAUGGAUACGGAGAUGACUGAAGCAGUUGAUACGCCUCCUCCAAAACCUUCUCAAAAACUAGGCCUUCUGAAGGCUUUGCUUGCUAUUGGUGAUUUAAAAUCCUCACUGCUCAUACUUGGACGUUUUCCUGUGCUUCUUCAGGUCUGUCCUGAGGCCGCAAAGCUGUUCCUUAAGCUUGUACAUAUAAUGGUUCGCAAAAUUUACGUCUCUAUCGACUUCCUUGGAAAGCUAUCUCCUGAUAUGCAAGACCGAUUACAACAACCAAAGCUGGUGCCGGAGGACUCUCGAGUCAGAGAGAUUAAAUUGACGCUCCCAAAAACAAAGAAGCAAAAGCCGGUGUUAAAUCCAUACCCCGUAAACCCAACUGGUGAUGUAUUUUUCUAUGAGGAACGGCUUUCAGAGGAUCUACCCAUACUCGAGACGAUGGAACAAUUCUACGGUAUAUUAGUACCCCUUUUGAAGCUACCAGGUGUUCACUUUUCACAGGACCCUUUGCUAUUUACCAAAAUCUGCCGAAUUGGUGUGUGUCGUUUGAAAAGUCACCCUGAAGAACGUGAACGAUGGAUUGAAAUAUGUCGUAUCAUCCUGUUACCUUCAUUAACUUUGAUACCAGCAAAUGUUGGCAUAAUUAAUGAGUUUAGUGAACUAUUUUUCCUUUUUUCUGUAGAGGAAAGAUAUUCACUUUACGGCGAAUGGUCAACGACGACAAUGAAAAGGAUUCCGGAUUUGAAGCUACAAAAUUUUCUCGUUGAAAAAGAGGCAAAAGGCAUCUUGCGUCGGUUAACCAAAACGAAUGUGAAGCAAUUUGUCAUCGUAGAGGCUUCACGAUACCUGACAAAGUUUGGAUUUGAUGCUCUUACUUACGCAACGCUUGCUGCUCUCUCAAAUAGUAACAAACAACGCUUGAAAUCAGAUGGCACAAGCAUUGCACAGUGGUUACAAGGUCUUGCCAGCUUCUGCGGGCGACUCUUCAGGUACUAUACGAACAUGGAUCCUACUAUAAUCUUUCGUUAUUGCAUAAAAAGACUUAAACAAAAUCAAAUGUUUGAUUUGAUUGUGUUAAGAGAUCUUUUGGUUCAAAUGUCUGGCAUGCAACCGUGGACUAACCUUUCUGAUAAUCAGCUUCUUGGGGCUGCUGGUGGGAAACUCAUGAGGCAUUUAAGUCUUUCUUUAAUAUACGAAAAGCCCUCCGUUAUAGUCGAUGCAAGUUCACGGUUGCUUCAAGUUCUAAAAGCCAACAAUCUUACUGGUCAACUUUUAAUUUUACUCGCUCAAAAGUUGCGCACCUGUAUCUAUAACGUUGAAGAGCAACAUACUCACCUGAAACUGAUUGGGAACUUGUAUGAUGAUUGUUCUGAUGUUUUAUUUUUACUUGUUGAAUUCCUGUCAUUCCAUUGCACUCCUGGCGAGUAUGCAUCAAUGAUUCCUAAACCAGCAGAUAUGUUGGAGAAGUUUCAUCUUGAUCCACCUCUUAUGUUUUUUUUGUAUCGUUAUGCAGUUGAAAAACCUUGGCGUGUAUAUAGUCUUCAAAACAAUAAACGUUCGGACGAUGCAGAUGAGAAAAUGCAGGUUGAUGAUCAAAUCCCGAACGCAACCCCGAGUGAGUCUUCUGUUGUAAAAGAAGCUCCUAUGUCUGAUGACCAGUUGUCUCUAGAGUCUUUCAUUCAACAGCCUCAUGGUUUGUUUCCAGCAAAUACUUGGGCGUAUAUAUCUCCUUCUUUUUACACAAUUUUUUGGAACCUCUCUAUCUACGAUAUAUACCUCCCCUUUGAACAUUAUGAAUCCGAAAGAAAUCGUUUAGUGGAUCAAAUGUAUCAAGUCGGCGCCGAAAAAGAAGCUUCUCAAUUGAAGUUCAAUCAAAAGCGAAUUGAGAAACAGAAAUUAUUUGAGAUUUCAGGCGAGCUUCAAAGUGAAUUGAAAGAACACAUGCGUUCGUUAGAAUCUACAAGAAAGUAUCUUCAUUCUAAGUCUGACUACUGGUUUUUGCCCUCCGGAACAAAAGUGGAUGGGGAACAGUUGGACCGUCCAAGAUGGAAUGCUGUGGAUAAAUUUUGGUCUCUUUGCAUAGCUCCGCGCUUACGUUUAAGUCCCCAUGAUGCAAUUUUCUGUGCCAAAUUUGUGAAGCUUCUACAUUCUCUUAACACUUGGAAUUUUUCCACGAUGUCACUUUUGGAUAUCCUAUUUGGUCCACAAUUACCAUCACUGAUAUUCAGCUUCACUCAGCGUGAAGCUGCCAAUUUCAGUCGGUUUCUUUUUGAAAUACUUGCUGAAAUUACUGCCUGGCAUAAAGAUCCGGGGCUUUACGAGAGGGAUUGUUUGGGAAAUGGUCAUUUGGUUGGUUUUGUUUUGGAAUGGAAUGAAACGAAGGAUGAUGGUGCUGUUGAUCCUUCACGAUUACUUCGACAUAAUCGCUACUUGCUUUUGGUUAGUAAGUGGCACAAGCAGCUCACCAUGAUUAUGGAAAAAUGUUUGCUUUCUGGAGAUUACAUGCAUAUCUACAAUUCCAUCGUUAUUUUAGAACGUAUAUUACCCUUCUUCCCUCUCAUUGAAGAAAGUGGAAGAACCCUAAAAUCGGCUGCCGAGAAGCUUAAGGAUAAUGAACAGCGAGAAGAUCUAAAGGUUUUGGCACUUGGCUAUUACUCCAAACUAGCCAAGAAAGAGGCAACUUGGGUAUCGUUUCAUAGUUUCUCUGGAACUGUGAAACCAAAAUCAACUAAAGUCGAAGAAAAACCAAAAAAAGCUGACCCUUCUCCAAUGGCGGUUGAAAAGGAUGUUGAAGAGGCUCCGGCUAAGAAGACCUCAAGUCCCGUUAAGGAAUCUUCUACUACUAUUUCAACUGCUGCUGCUCAUUCGGCUGCUACUGCUCCUGCUACUCCUGCUACUGUUGAUGAAAAGCCUGUUUCAGAUACAAAGCCGACUCCUGUUCCGCCAAAACAAACCACAACUCCCCUUAACGUACAAGCCAAAGAAUUCAAACCCCAUACUGAAGAGAAAGUUGAGACUAGCGAAAAGCCACCUGAAGCAACAACAAAUAGCAACGCUUCUGUCAGAAGAAGUAACCAACCUUCUCCUAAAGAAGGUACCCCUUCUAGAGGUACCUCUUAUCGUCAUGACAGGGCACCACCAAAGGACUCAUACAAGCCAGGGGAAGCAAGAAAUAUUCGCGCUUCUCGAUACAGGAAUAUGGCUUCAGAGAACCCGGAUUCUCAACAACAACAGCGCCCUUUCAAUUCACGUCAUAAUCAAAGAGAUUCUCGUCAACAGUCUCCCGAUCAAAAAUAUAACGAGAGUGGAGCAAGUUCUGGUAAUUGGCGCUCUACGGGAAAUCGCCAAAAUCGCAAUCCUCGUGGUACUAAGUACAAUACUCAGACAAAUGAGGGACAAACUUCACGUAAUGAGCCGUAUUCAGGAGGCGGAGAGCCAGGAUCUCGUGUUCAGGAACACGACAGAAACACUCCUUCACAGCGGAGAAAUACAGGCUCCAAUGAUAAGAAUGAACGAGGAUAUUUCAAUGAGGAUGGUAGACAUCGCGGCAACUACCAAUAUUAUAACAGAAACCAAAGAAUGCAACGACAAGAUAGACAGGGCGAUGAUAAACAGCGCGAGUCAUCUGCUUCUUCUAAAACAGACACUAAUGCUGGUUACCGUCCUUCUGAUAAACCGCGUAGAUACAAUUAUGACAAGUCCUCUGCGGGAAGUCACGAUGGAUCUUCGCGCAGUGAAGAUAACAGUUUCCGCAAAAGACAAGACGGUCGUUCUGAAAGAGAUGGUAACAACUCUCACUUUUCGGGACGCAACCGACCUCGUACAUCUUCUAAUACUCAGAAUUUUAGAGAUGAUAAAAGACGCCGCAUGCAAUAA